AUUCAAAUGCUUGAUAAUUGGUAUGUCUUUUCCAACCAUUUUUUAGUGACUCCAUUAGAAAGGGACUUCUCUACACUCCAACAAUGGGAGAAUAAGUUGAUGAGGAUAUCGCAGCUUCAUUUGAACAAAAAAGAGGAAUCAAUUAUUAACAUGAAUAUAUGAGACUAUAUAUUGCUAAUGUUGUCCUAACUCAAUAACUAAAAGAAUUGUUAUAAGAAAAAGGGGAUUUAGUAUCCAAGAUUAAUCGACUUGAAGUAUUUUCAUCCUAAAUAAUUAGGAAGCAGAAAUAUGCAAAACAAAUUAUAGAAAACUAGAUUUUGAGGAACCCAAAAAGUCAGAAGGACCCUCAAAAAAAUAAAUGGGUACUUUAUUUAUAAUUAUCAUUAGUUCAGAAGGUUCAACUAAAUACAAUGAUGAAAAUGCAGUACCCAAUCAUUAGUAUCAAACUAGAAAAUUAAUUAAGAAGAAUUGA